AUGAGUUCACCCACCACCGCUACCCCAACGGGGGUUCUACCGACCGACGGCAAAAAGAGGAAGGGAGUCGGCAAGGUUUUAUACCGUGUAAGAACUGUUUUCAAAAGAGGUGGUCGUUCCAAGAAAGGUACUGUCGAGCCGGUUGCGCCCCUCACUGCGCCUGGAAGCCAACCUGCCGCCCCGAAGAGGCUACAAUAUGAUGGUGCCUCCAAGAUCCCCCGGUUACAGAUUCAUGAGGAGCGCGCGAAGAAAUUGGGUUCUAAGUUUGGAUUGGAGAUUAAGCCGAACGAGUGGCAUUCUACUGAGGGAGAUGUGCUCCGGGUGGACAAGUCGGUCCGCAUGCGAAUUCACAGGGAAUGCCACCGAUGCCAUACAGCCUUCGGUGCCGACAAUGAGUGUCCCAGUUGCCACCAUAAACGUUGCAAAAGCUGUUCUCGAUACCCCGUCAAGCGCAACGAGGAGGAGAAGCAGGCCAACCGAGAAAGAAGAGAGGCCAUCAUUCGGAGGAACAAAGAAAAUGCUCCCAUCAUUCCAAGCUACGACUACUCGGAGAAGCUCAUUUUAAAGCGACCGGGCAAGGCCGGUGGACAAGAACUUGUCUACAAAGGCAAGCCUCGCGUGCGAGUUAGGAGAACCUGUCAUUUGUGUGAUAGCCUGAUUACUGCACAUGGUAAGGAAGCAAGAGUGUGCGACAAUUGCGGGCACAAGCGUUGUGCCGAUUGCCCACGAAACCCUGAUGACAAGAAAAAAUGGCCUUAUGGAUAUCCCAACGAUGAGCCUGGCUCGAAAUUCAAAGGGGUUUACGCCUGUCACGAGUGUGAAAGAAAGUUUCCGCCGAACGCUGAGGACGGAACGGUGUGUGAGGGCUGUUCGCACAACAAAUGUUCUGAUUGUCCUCGAGUUAAGCCGAAGAAGGUUGAGCCUGAACCCGACCCCGACGUCCUAGAAAGUAUCCGGCUUCGGAUAGAAGCGCUGAAAACUUCGGAUAGCUAA